AUGAACACCAUCCUCAUCAUCGGAGGCACGUCAGGCAUCGGAGAAGUGUUCGCCAAACGCUUCCAAUCGAUGGGCAAGAAAGUCAUCAUCACCGGCCGACGCAAAGAGCGCCUCGCCAAGCUCGAGAAAGAGGGUUUCGGAACGUACGCCUUCGACAUGGCCGACCUGUCCUCGGCCGCGUCGCACGUCGAGAAGCUAUUUUCAACCUACCCGGACAUCGACACCGUGUGGAUCAACGGCGGCAUCCAGAACCACUUCGACGUGACGGACGUCUCCAGCAUCGAUGACAAAGAAAUCGAGCGCGAGAUCACCACGAACUACAUGGCGCCCGUGAUCCUCGCUCGCCACUUCAUCCCUCGCUUGCUGGCGCAGAAGAAAGAAACGCAGCUGAUGAUCACCUCUUCCGGCCUCGGCUUCGUGCCAGUCGGCCGCAUGUUCCCCGUCUACUGCUCGACAAAAGCUGGCAUCCAUUCGUACCUGGUCGGCCUCCGGCAAGCGCUCAGCGACACGCAAGUCAACGUCAUCGAGCUCGUGCCGCCUUUCGUCGGCGACACAGAGAUUGUUCAGAAUUACGACGGCAAGGUCAAACUGCCGCCUGCGUUGUCGCUGCAGGACUUUGUCAAGCAGGUGUUUGAGCAGUUGGAUAACACACCCGCGAAGGAGUUGAAGGAGGUUGUGGCGGGCACGAGUGCAGAUCGGGUGAAUGGGUGGAGGAGCGGGAUUGAUCCGUUGCUGAAGAAGCUGGAGCUUGGAGGUUGA